CUAAAAGCAAAAGUUUUCGUGAGAAAUUUCAGCAGGGUUGGUCUACGAGUGCUCUUUGUUCUGAAUGCUGGAAUGACUGCCAUGCCGUCGACUUAAGGAGAGUACAGUAAUUCGGACAUUACUGUGACAGUUUUUUUUUCCAGGUGUGAUGGUGCCCUCAUGUAUGUCAAAGUAUAUUCAAAACCCUUUUUACAGAUGAGCUGGCUCAUGACCCAAGGCAGAGCAUCCUGACUCUGAGAGCACAUGUGCAUCCGAACCGAUGGAGCGCUGUAAGCAUGUGGGACGCCUCCGGCUGAGGCAAAACCACUCCAUAUUAAACCCUCAGAAAUGGUGUUGUGUGGACUGCGAGACCACGGAGUCUGUGUGGGCUUGCCUCAAGUGCUCACACGUGGCCUGUGGCCGCUACAUGGAGGAUCACUCCCUCAAGCAUUACCAGGAAUCACACCACCCAUUGGCCAUGGAGGUGCGAGAACUGGAUGUCUUUUGCUUUGCCUGCGGAGACUAUGUACUAAAUGACAAUGCAGAGGGGGACCUCAAGCUCCUCAGGGGUGCCCUAUCCACUGUGCGAAGCCCUGGUCAGCGCUCCCUGCGCUCAUCAGCAGGAGAAUGCUCCCUCCGGCCAGGGGAGACUGGCAAGGACAGCGUGGCAGUGCGUCCUGCCAUGACAACAGCCUUGUGGCACAGGAGGAAGGUGCUUCUAAGCAAAGCGCUGCACAGAUGGAGGAGUCGACACGCGGAAGAGCAGCGAAAACGCGACCAGAAGCAAGAACAGGAGAAGGAGGAGCUCCGACGUCAGCGCAAGGAGGUGAAGAAGAGGCUCAUGGGAGAGCUGGCCAACGUCCCGCCCAGAAAGAGUGCUCGACUCCUCACUCAGGCACCCCGUACCGCCCUAUCCCUCAUCCCUCGCAAGUUUCGUGACCCUCCGGACCGCGUUCCACCUCCUUCAAAGCAGCCGCUUUUGCCCCUUUCCAACAAGCCUCCUGGUAACGCCGGGACUGGUAAAAUGCGCAGGUAUCAUGUGUCUCAGUCAGCCCGACGUCGUAGAUUAGCGCCAGGUGUUACAGGGCUGCGUAACCUCGGAAACACCUGCUACAUGAACUCAAUCCUACAGGUGUUGAGCCACCUGCAGAAAUUCAGGGAGUGUUUUCUCACACUGGACCUUUGUGAGACAGAGGAGCUACUGGCCAAAACCAACCACUCACAGGGGGUUAAAGGAGUAGCAGGGGCCGUAGUGGGCAAUGCCAGCGCUCUCACUUGCUCCCUGGGACGUGUGGGGAAGGCGGGAGCCGGGGGGUUGUCCGUAGGGAGCAAGCAUAGCGUUCCACCCAGCCUGAGCGCGGCAGAACUUGUCCAGCCCAAGGAGCCGCGUUCCUCCUCCCGCCAGCAGAUGUCAUUGUGCCACGAGCUGCACACACUCUUCAGGGUCAUGUGGUCGGGUCGCUGGUCUUUGGUGUCGCCCUUCGCGAUGCUGCAUUCGGUGUGGAACCUGAUUCCGGCUUUUCGCGGCUACGACCAGCAGGACGCGCAGGAGUUUCUGUGUGAGCUGUUGGACAAAGUGCAACAGGAAUUGGAGUCAGACGGCAACAAGCGCAGGAUCGUCAUCCCCAUCACACAGAGGAAGCUGUCCAAGCAGGUGCUAAAGGUUCUCAACACCAUCUUCCACGGGCAGCUUCUCAGCCAGGUCACGUGUCUGUCCUGUAAGCACAAGUCGAACACGGUGGAGCCUUUUUGGGACCUGUCGCUGGAGUUCCCUGAGCGCUAUCACAACAUAGAGAAAGGCUCUGGCUCCAUGAUGUGCCAACGCAGCUGCUCACUGACUGAGAUGUUGGCUAAGUUCACUGAGACUGAGGCACUGGAGGGCAGUAUCUAUGCCUGCAACUACUGCAACAGGAAGAGACGGAAGACAUCUCACAAGCCUUUGUCUCUGACGGAGGCCUGUAAGCAGCUGCUGAUCUAUCGUUUACCUCAGGUUUUGCGGCUGCACCUCAAACGCUUUCGAUGGUCAGGACGAAACCACAGGGAAAAGAUUGGUGUUCAUGUGGCAUUUGACCAAGUUUUGAACAUCGAACCCUACUGCUGCACCGACUCUGCCUCGUCCCUUCAGAGAGAGGGCUUUGUAUACGACUUGUCUGCUGUAGUCAUGCAUCAUGGGAAAGGUUUUGGCUCAGGGCACUACACCGCCUACUGCUACAAUACAGAGGGUGGUUUCUGGGUUCACUGUAACGACUCGGAGAUGAACGUUUGCAGUGUGGAGGAGGUGUGCAACACUCAGGCAUACAUCCUGUUCUACACACAAAGGUCGACUUAAGACCUCUCUCUCUCUCUCUCAGAUCUUCGCAAAGACACGGCUGCAAACAACCAAGUCUGUAACCUGCCAUGAACAGCGAGAUUCAGACCUAC